AGCUCGGAGAUCCAUUACUUGCCUAGAACCCAAACAACUUAGCAUUCAAGAUAUCAUAUGCCUAUACGAAUCGAGGUAUGGAAGAUGAUGUGCGCAUAAGCGAUGAACGCUUCAAAUCGUUAUAUGAGACUAGCUUCCGAUCAUGGGCGUCACUCUACUCUCGUGCAAAGGAGAACCUCCACCUACCGACCAACCUUUUCAAUGAGCACACAUUCUCUCAGCAUCCGUACUUUCCUGAAAACUUACGACUCAAGCAUGAGGGAAGCGAGGUCCUUGUGUCGGGUCACUCAGUCUGGAGCUCAACGGCGGUAGCAUGCGAGAACCCUACCGGACCAUUCCAGCAGCUCCUGCAAUUCGUGGUCACUUCAAAUGACCCUAUCCUGCUUUCGAUCGUGGAUUCGACUCAGGGUAACUCAAAUUAUGCGCAGUACUUUGAUAACGAAGGUGACUUUCUUGCUGUCCUUGUUCUAGCAUGGGCAUACAUCUUGUCGGCUCGCUGGGCUGAGAUGAUGCCCGAGUCUUGCUCCAUUAGAUACACGGAAUGCCGGGCGAUCAUGUGUGAUACAUCAGAACCCGGGAUAGAUCCGAAUACCAUCUCUGUUGACAUUGGACCAGCAAGCUCAGAAGAACGUCGAUGGUGGACCGCUGUUCUGGCACCAGAUCAGGGCUGGCAAGCUACAAUGAAGCUAGAGCAAGAAACAUUCUUAUCACCAUGGUCAGUCCGAUUACAGUCGGACUUGCAUUUCUCCAUACAGCAGAAGCCUUCCUCUCCGCGAUGUCUCAGCCCAUCCUCCUCCGAAGCCUUAGGGUAUCUCGACAAGUUCUGUACUCGUCACAACAUCGUGGACCAGAGCUAUGCUGCGCUAGCCGCUGCACUUCUACUUCCAUCAAUGGGUAGAAUGAAUGCCAUCCGACUACACGCGCCUAGGGCCAAUCCCUACAAACAUUGCGUCAGUUCCGAGAGAAAUCUGCAACAUAGUCGAAUAUGCGAAGACCACUACCUAGAUAGGCUCCUUACAAUGAGCUGUAAUCCCAAAGGGAUACGCUCAAUGUUGCUCAGCGCCUUCUUCGAGCCGAGCAUCGAGUGCAACGCAGUCACUCCAUGGCUACAAGGGGCUCUGUGUGCCAUUGAGACACUGACUAGAGACACCCCGUUUAUACUAGGGCGUAUGUGUAUGGAACGAGCACCUAGGCUCGCAAUCCUUUGGUUGGGAAGCACCAUUUUAGGCCUCAACGUCAGACUUCUACAGGAUGUACGGACAGGCAUGAUACCGAUAGACCUACACAGCGCCGUCUGGUCAGACACAGUCCAGUCGUUCAUACAGCUACCUACAUCCAAUCCCGUUGAAAGAGGUGGAUUUGUGACUCGCGCAGACGAGUGUCGACUGCUCUUGCUCUCCCAGCAGGGCUAUCACGCUCGAGUCCCAUUUUGUCAGUGGAAACCGUUUGGCGAGACCGCUCUUGAUGACGUCGACAUCGAGGUCCGUCUCCACGCAAAAUGUGGCAGUCACGGGUUACAAUACCAGAGUUUUGUCUGGGAAUGCACUGACGAGAACUUGUCCUGUAAAUCAUCUAGACAAACAGAUGUUCCUCCUCCAGCAGACCUGCCUGGCUUAGACAUCUGCAGCACGAAUGAUAUAUCUAUUUCUUACAAUGCGCUGGAUCGAGACAAAGAGUUUGUCUCGGAGAACGAAACACGGAAAAUAUUUACCUGGUUGCGCAGCGAGGGUUACACGCGGUCUGAAAAGGGGAUAUGGGAGCAUGAAUGGCUUGCGGAAUCAGACGAUGAGGACACGAGUGUUUUAGAAGAUGAGAAUGGGAGUUGCGCUAAAUAUAGAGAUAAGUCUAUGUCACGCGUGGAAUCUUGGUCAGCAGAUUGUGAAGACCAGAUAAAUUAGAUAUUUCAUGACCUGUAUUCGGUUCGUUACAAAGCUUCUACCUCGAUGCAUGAA